AUGCAGCAUAGGAUCAAGGAUUGCCCCCGAAUGCUAGGUCGAGAGCCAGUAGUGGGCCAAGGUGGUGUUCAGCUACCAAGGGGUGUUCAACUACUGCCAAGGGGUCGUGGGCAGGCCAGGGGCAGUAACGCUGGUGAAGCACCAAGCCACCUUAGAUUGCACUGUGAAGCGAAUGGUGUUAAGAACGGCAGAGGAUACGGAGGUGGUGGUGAUUGUGAUACGGAGGCUAAGAGCCCUACUGUUAAGGAGUUGAGAACAGUUAGGGAAUUUUCUGAUGUCUUUCCAGAGGAGCUGCCUGGGUUGCCACACAGUAGGGAAGUAGAAUUUGGAAUCGAGUUGUUACCUAGUAUGGCUCCGGUGCUGACAAACGCACCUGCCGCUUUCAUGGAUCUCAUGAACUGGGUUUUCCAACCCUACUUGGAUUGGCUCGUGGUAGUCUUUAUAAAUGACAUCUUGGUGUACUCAAGGGAUAAGGAUGAGCAUGAUGCGCACUUAAGGAUUGUGUUGCAGACUUUAAGGGAGAAGCAGCUGUAUGCCAAAUUCAGAUACUAUAGGCGGUUUGUUGAGGGCUUUUCAGUAAUUGCUGCACCCUUAACUAAAUUAUUGAGGAAGGGGGUACCAUUUGUUUGGACGGACAAGCAGCAAGAGAGUUUUGGAAAACUCAAGAAAGUUUUAACAGAGGCCCCUGUGUUGAUUCAGCCAGUGCCUGGGAAGGAGUUUACGGUUUAUAGUGACGCGUCGCUUGUGGGCUUAGGUUGUGUAUUGAUGCAAGAAGGAAAGGUGGUUGCCUUGUUAGCUAAGUUUCAAGUAAAGCUGAUGUGGGUCGAGCAGAUAAGGAGUAAGCAAUUAGUGGAUGAUACUUUGGAUGCUCAUUUUAAACAAGUGGAGAGUGGGGAGACAUCGGACUUUUGGAUAAAUAGUGAAGGAGUAUUGUGUUUCCGUGGGAGAAUGUGUAUACCAAAGGAUGAUGAUCUAAGGCAGUCCAUUCUGCGGGAAGCACAUAGCGGUCUCUAUGCUAUGCAUCCUGGCAGAAAUAAGAUGUAUCAGAAUUUAUGUGAGCUUUAUUGGUGGCCUGAUAGGCAGAAAUUGUAUGCUGACUUUAAGCAUCGAGAAAUAGAGUUUGCAAUGAGGGACUUAGUUUUCCUUAAAGUCUCUCCUUGGAAGAAUGUAUUAAGGUUUAGACGGAAGGGUAAGCUAAGCCCAAGGUUCAUUUGGCCAUAUCGGGUUAUAAGACGGAUUGGACCAGUCGUUUAUCAGCUAGAAUUACCUCCUAAACUGAGCCAGAUCCAUGACGUGUUCCAUGUUUCCAUGCCGAGACGAUAUCGCUCGGAUCCUUCACAUGUUGUGGCGAUUGAAGAAAUCGAGGUUAAGCCAGACCUAACUUUCGAGGAAGAGCCCAUACAAAUAAUUGGUCGAGAUGUCAAAGAACUAAGAAGGAAGUCUGUUUCAUUAGUUAAAGUGCUUUGGCAGAAUCACAAGGCUGAGGAGGCUACUUGGGAACCUGAGGAAGUGGUAAAGAAGUAUGAGUCGAGGGACAAUGGCAAGGAAGUGCCAAAGGAGUGUCAAAAUGGGCUAUUAUGCAUACAGAGCUAG